CAUGAACAAGAAUCAAGGCACAAAAGAAGCCAUGACUGCAACUGAGAGGCAAACCUCUAAUGGAUCUACUAUGAAGUAUCAUAGAGGCAGAAGUUUUAAUAAUAAUUAGCAAUGUAUCUGGUCAGGAUAGAGAGAGUCGCAUAAAUAUGGAUGAUAUGGAGAACGAGAAUAAAGGAAGAAAUAAUAACAAGCAAUUUCUUGCAGUGUCUAAAGAAAUUCAAAUAUCCAACAAGCACUGAAAAGAUUCAGCCAUCUUCGCAAGACAAAGCCUAAAUUAUUCCCUAAACCAAGACUUGAUGGGAGUCCAAAAAGACACUGGGAAUAGUCUGAAAUAAGAGUGAUAGAGAUGGGUCCUCUUUGAAGUGAAAGUUUAAUAAUGAACGGUUGAGGCAAACUACGAAGAGAGUUAAGAAUUUGUCAAAAGUUAAGAAGUCUGUUGCCGUUGGGUCUUCGAAGCCUAAAUCUAAAGAAAGAAAAAAAUAUGAGAUUCCUAACGUAAAUCUUAUCUUUGGAAGGACUCAGAGACCCAAAGAAUACAAAACCAUUGAGUCAAAGAUCAUCCCAAUCCCUCAACCAAUAGAGGAAGAUGCUCUCGAUUCAGGACUUGAGUUUUCAACCCCAGUUAUGGAGUACAACGAAGAGCCUAAAAGAGUGAAGAAAUCAUGACUGAAGAAGACCUCACUGGGGAGUACGAAGAAAAGUAUAUACAUAAAUGACAAAGUCAACUACGACAAAAUUCUGAAAAGCUAUUUUAGUAGGAAGGGACAAGACCAGAACACCAUCUUUGUGUAUAAUAAAGACAAGCUUCCGCAGAAAUACUUUACAAGGAAAGAUUCGAAGGAUGGCAAGCUCCUUGGAGCCAAACUAUUGAACCAGCUAGAGACUCAGAUGGAUCAGAGUUACGAGCAGUCUUAUGAUGAUGGGGAGAUAUCUAAGAGCAUGUUAAGCAAUUUCAGAUUCGUUCCCCCUUCAAAGGAGGAAGUUAAGAUCCCUGAACAAGUAAAACCGUAUAAGAUCUUGCAUGAUAAAGAGAUGAAGAUGGUCUCUAAAUUAAAAAGAGAGUUAGGGCCGAAAAGUCUUGGGGCAACUAAUGUCCAAACUUUUAGUCUACCAUCUUUAAACUCACAGGAUUUAAUGCGACUGAAAACCCUUGAAAACAGCAUUGAUGAGCCUGAGGAUAGUUACAGAAAAGGCCAGCUUAAUAGAAAAUUAAGUAAGGUUAUCCCUAAAGAAGAUGAAGGAUAUUCAAUUGCUCAAUGUAGUGCAAAAUUUCUAACAAAGCACGUGAAAUCAUUAAACAGAAUUUCUAACGAUUACUCCUACGAGAGUGGUAAAAACUCGCCAUUUAAUAGCAGGAAUCCUUCAAUGGUCUCUCAUUCCAAAACAAACCAUCGCUCUCAGAUGAAGAAGACCCCUGUGUCAACAUCUGUGACUAUUUUUGAGAAUUCAAUUUCAAAGCACAAAAAUAAGUUAAUGAAAGUCUUAGAGUACAAUCCAAUGGUUAGCAUCCAAGAGUUUAUCAAGCGUGUCGAAAAAUCAGAAACUCUCAAAGAAGAAGGAAAUAAAGACCAAAAUCUGAGCAAAAAGGUUGAAAAUUGCAGAUAUAAACGAAAAUAUAAGGCUAAGCUAAAACAUCCGGUCUCAUUCCCCAAAAUCUCAUCCAAGUUGAACCAAGAUUUACAGCAACAGAUUGAUGACGUAUUGUCUCAGAAUCGAGACGAAAUCGCUUUUCUCAAAAAGAAGCUGUUAAUAGAUGAUGAGUUUGCUCAUCCGAGAUCGUUAAGAGCAAGGAAGAAAAUAUUCUCCAAAUUACUGCUCAAAUAUCACCCUGAUAAAGUUCCUACUGGGGCAAAUGAAACCCAGAAGAAAGUUCAUCAGAGGUUGUACCAGUACCUUGACAACUGUAAGGAUGAGUUCUUAAAAGAUGAAAGGAAAUCUAGACCUGCAGAGAAGAAAAAUCUGAAGAAUAAACUGGAGAUUGAUGAAUCUCAAGGAACGAUUUUUGCAUAA